AGGGGCAGUUAGUUGGGUAUACACGGGGUGUAGGGGCAGUUAGUUGGGUAUACACGGGGUGUAGGGGCAGUUAGUUGGGUAUACACGGGGUGUAGGGGCAGUUAGUUGGGUAUACACGGGGUGUAGGGGCAGUUAGUUGGGUAUACAGAGCUUGGCAAUAUACAGGGAUAAAGCCUUGGGCAUCAGACUAGGGGGGGCAUUGGCAGUGAGGGGCUUAGGAGUGAGUGUUUGGGGGUGAGGGCUCCCAGCAGAGGGGGGUCUGACACUUGGGGAGGGCGGGGCCCUGUCACACAGCGACUCCGGGUCAUGGUUGGUCUGUGAGCUCCGGCCCCCCAGCAGCGCUCUGAUGGCUGCAGAUCAGGACAAGCUGGAUGGACUGACCCUCCCUGGCCGCAGAGCCAAGACCGGAAUGCAAAUGAAGAGCCCAGAGAAGAAAAGGCGCAAGUCAAACACGCAGGGCCCUGCAUACUCCCACCUUUCUGAAUUUGCCCCACCGCCCACCCCAAUGGUCGACCACCUUGUGGCGUCCAAUCCCUUUGAAGAUGAUUUUGGAGCCCCGAAAGUCAACGCAGCCGCCUCCUCCCCCUUCCUGAAUAACCCGGUGCCCUUUGGAAACUACCGGAUGCAGGGCGGCAUGCCCCAUCAGAUGGCCCCUGGCUACCCCGGGGGCCCCCAGCCCAUCAGAAGGCAGGCGCCCCCAUUUCCCCCUAAUCAGAUGGCCCCCGGCUUUGCAAUGUCCCAGAACCCAAACUAUCACCAGCCUGGAAACAUGAACUUUUCCAACCCGCCCUUUAACCAAGCCAUGGGGCAAAGCUUCAGCCCCCCUGCGGGGCAAAUGAUACAGGGACCAGUGGGAGGGUUUGGGCCGAUGAUGUCGCCAAACAUGGGUCAGCCCCCUAGAGGGGAGAUGGGCCCUGGGCCGGUUUUGAACUCUCCCGGCGGCCCUCCGUUUUCCCAAAGGUUUGGCCCAUCCGGGCACCCAUUUGGACAGCCCCCAGUGCCGCGACCCAGCCUCCCCCCAAACACCAGCCCGUUUGCAGGGGCGGACCAAAGCUUCCCCCCGGGGGUCGAAGAGCACGGCAAGAAUAUCAACCCCCCCAGCAACACUUUCACUCAAGAGCAGCACGUGGGGUCGCCCUCCGCCGUCAACGGCAACCAACCCAAUUUCACCCCCAACAACUCCGCGCGGGGCAACAGUAGCACUCCGGAAGUCAACAACAUCCCUCCCCCGAGCAAGCCAACGGGCAACUCGGGGCACCAGCCGCCCCCCGGACUUAUUUACCCCUGCGGGGCCUGUGAGCGUGAAGUGAACGACGACCAGGACGCCAUCUUGUGCGAGGCGUCGUGCCAGAAGUGGUUUCACCGAGAGUGCACCGGGAUGACUGAAAGUGCCUACAGCCUGCUCACCAGGGAGGUCUCGGCCGUCUGGGCUUGUGACUACUGCCUGAAAACCAAGGAUAUCCAGUCCGUCUACAUCCGCGGCGCCAUGGGGCAACUGGUGGCGGCCAAUGACGGUUGAACGUGGCAACGGGGCGGUGACCUGGUUACUCACAGCUUUAACGACUGCUCUCUUUGGGGGGGGAGAGGCUUUCCCAGUACCGAGGGGGGAGUGGCCAAGGACAAUCCUCAGACGCAUUCACUUGACUAAUGGAUUUUGGGGUGUAAGGCAUUUGUUUGGCCCCUCCCCUUCCGGGUGAUCGUGGGAAGCGUUCGGAUUGGUGGGUUAUUGUUACAUUGGAAACGUUCACACUCCAUUGAUUUUGUACAGAGACAAGCCCCUCCCCCUACGUGUAUUUUUGAUAAUGUGUACGAGUCUUGUCUGCCUUCAUGCCCCUCCAUUGUGGCGUCGCUAAGUGCGCCGACGCAUUUCACUCCAUAGUGACCUGGUUAUUGCUUCCCAUUGGCUUAUUCCGGAGAAUAUUAUAACUGAUUCAUUUCUAAACGUAUUGGGUGGGGCAUAUAAAGUGACUCCUCCCCCUUUCGUUACCCGUAUGCAGCCAAACAUACAUUUGCAGGUAACUGCACUGCUGCAAAAUCUGCCCCUCUUAUUGCACUUAUUGGUCUCUUAGUCUGGCCCCCGGCAGGAGUGGGGGUGCACGUGGGUUAUUAUUGGUUUCAGGGUGAGGGGGGAAUCGAUCGCUAACCAGUAUUUAUUUCCUCACGUCUCCAUGGAAACAAUAUGAUUGUGAUUGGUUGAGGAGUCCUCGCUCUCCUGUGUCUCCGCCCCCUGCCGGUGAGAAGGAAUAAAGGUUAGGGGGGAGGAGUAUUUGUAUUCCUCGUGGGCGGAGACGCAGGGCAGCACGGAACUCCUCCCAUAAGGAACAGACUUAGCAGAGAAUUGGGGGGGUGAAACCAUGCACCCCCUUGUGGCGGGAGGCCUCCAUAGCAGCCCAGUGCAGUUGGUACAAACGCUUCCCUGUGGGGGGGCACUGGGGGCUGUGGGAGGCCUCUGCAAGCAAUAAGCUCAGUGUUCACUUCCCCUUUAAUGUUUGCAUUCUACCUCAUUCUAACCCAAUGCAAACCAUGAUUAUUUGCCCUAAGGGACCCCCCAUUAGAUGUACUUACCCAUCACUUACUGUGACACGGUGCCCCCGGCAUUCCCUUCCCCCUGCCAUUUCCUGUUUGCCCAGUCUCCAGGCAACAUCAUCCCUCCCCAGUUAAUCUCCGAGCCGGCCCCAUUGCAGACUGGCCCAUUAGCCCCGACAUUAGCCCCGACUUACCUUUAUCUCUGCUUUGUGGGACUUGCCCUUUAAUGAAUGGAGUUGGUUACUGGCUGCAAUCUCUGUGAGCACUGAUGCCCCUUAUUCAUGGGGGGGCCAAUAGGAAGGCACAAAUGGAUGUAUUAGGUCCCUGUGGGUGCAACCAUUCCUCUGUCAGUCUGCGUUUCCCUGCCAGCACUGAGCUGCAUUGUGGGCCCCGUGCAGCCAUGUUGUCCCCUACAGUGACACUUGUGAUGCCUUUUCUUUCCAUCUUCCUAUAAAGAUUUGUGAGAGAA